GGGCGGCGAUGGCGGCCGUACGGGGCCUGCGAGUGUCGGUGAAGGCGGAGGUCCCGGCGGGGCCGGCCUUGGGGCCCCCGUCGCCUGAAGCAGAGUCAGGUUUGGACCGCGGCGAGCCGGAGCCCAUGGAGGUGGAGGAGGGCGAGCUGGAGGUCGUGCCGGUUCGGCGCUCGCUAAAGGAACUGAUCCCGGACACAAGCAGAAGAUAUGAAAACAAGGCUGGCAGCUUCAUCACUGGAAUCGAUGUCACCUCCAAGGAAGCAAUUGAAAAGAAAGAACAGCGAGCUAAGCGCUUCCAUUUUCGCUCAGAAGUAAAUCUUGCCCAAAGAAAUGUAGCCUUGGACCGAGACAUGAUGAAGAAAGCAAUCCCCAAAGUGAGACUGGAGACAAUCUACAUUUGCGGCGUAGAUGAGAUGAGUACCCAGGAUGUCUUUUCCUAUUUUAAAGAAUAUCCUCCGGCCCACAUUGAGUGGUUGGAUGAUACCUCCUGUAAUGUGGUUUGGUUGGAUGAAAUGACAGCCACACGAGCCCUUAUCAAUAUGAGUUCCCUGCCAGCCCUGGAUAAGAUAAGAAGCAGGGAUGCCAAUGAGGACAAGUCGUCUGAGAAAAGUAAAAAAGACAAGCAGGAAGACAGUUCCGACGACGAUGAGGCUGAAGAAGGAGAAGUUGAAGAUGAGAACGCAAGUGAUGUAGAGUUGGACACGUUGUCUCAGGUAGAAGAAGAAUCUCUGCUAAGAAAUGAUCUUCGUCCAGCGAACAAACUUGCUAAAGGAAAUAGGUUAUUCAUGAGAUUUGCUACAAAAGAUGACAAAAAGGAACUUGGAGCAGCAAGAAGAAGUCAGUAUUACAUGAAAUAUGGGAAUCCAAAUUACGGAGGCAUGAAAGGAAUUCUUAGUAAUUCUUGGAAGCGAAGAUACCAUUCCCGUCGCAUUCAGCGGGAUGUGAUCAAGAAGAGAGCCCUGAUUGGGGACGACGUUGGCUUGACAUCCUAUGAACACCGACAUUCCGGACUAGUGAAUGUUCCUGAGGAACCCAUCGAGGAGGAGGAAGAGGAGGAGGAGGAAGAGGCGGACCAGGACAUGGAUGCUGAUGACAGGGUGGUGGUGGAGUACCACGAGGAGCUCCCAGCCCUCAAGCAGACCCGGGAGCGGAGCACGUCUAGGCGGUCCAGUGCCAGCGGCUCAGACUCGGAUGAAAUGGACUAUGAUCUCGAACUGAAAAUGAUUUCCACCCCUUCGCCAAAGAAGAGCAUGAAAAUGACAAUGUAUGCGGACGAAGUGGAAUCUCAGCUGAAAAAUAUCAGGAACUCCAUGAAGGCAGAUACUCUAUCUACAAGCAAUAUAAAAAACCGAAUUGGUAACAAAUUAACACCUGAGAAAUUUGCAGAUGUCCGACAUUUGUUAGAUGAAAAACGUCAACACACACGUCCACGGCCACCUGGCAGCAGUACUAAAACAGAUAUACGCCAGCGAUUAGGAAAAAGACCACAUUCUCCGGAAAAGGCUUUUAGUGGUAACCCAGUCGUUCGGAGAGAGCCCUUUUCUGAUGUACAUAGUAGGCUAGGUGUUCCCAGGCAAGAUGUUAAAGGCCUCUACUCUGAUACUCGGGAGAAGAAAUCAGGUAGUUUAUGGAAUCGCUUAGGAUCUGCACCCAAGACCAAAGAAAAGAACACGAAGAAAGCGGAUCACAGGGCGCCCGGCACAGAGGAAGAUGACUCCGAGCUGCAGAGGGCAUGGGGGGCUCUGAUUAAGGAGAAAGAACAGUCUCGCCAAAAGAAGAGCCGCUGUUACCAGCACCCUUUUUCCAAGAAAAGUCAAUUCCCAGGUGCUUAUUGGACAGCCUUCGAGGGGGAAGAUGAGGGAAGCUGCCAGCUCACCCUUCCAGGAUCCUAGUGUGGGGGCCGAAUCUCAUGGACCUGACCUCAGAGGUGCACCCAUGCCGCCCAGGUAGAUAAGAGCCGCAGCGUCGAUCGCCCUUCGUUCCUCCCUGGGGAUUUCUGUUAGGGGGCCUUGUUAGCAAUCAGCUUGCAGUGAAGAUCAAGUUCAGUGCUGUGGGAUUUUUAGGAACAAAAAACUGUGACUUUGGGGUGGAUUUUUGUGCUAGGGGUGGGGUCAUGGGUUAAUGUUGAACAAUUUUUAAGUCUGUAUUAUGUUUAAAAAAUAUUAAUGAUUUAAAAGUUUAAAUUUUUAAUUUUUAUAUGUGAAAAUAUUUCCUUUUGGCUACGAGGGAAGCUCAAGUGGUGUCUUCUUAUGUGCUGUUAAAUAUAUAUUAUAUACUUUGGAAGAAGGCAAAGAGGGGAGCCGCAUUAUUUUUAAAUGAUCCUAACUGUAUAGUCUGUCUGUUGUACAUAGAGUUUACCUUGCUUUUUGGCCGCUGUAGGGAAAAAAACCCAUCCACCUGAGAUGGGAACCUGUCAUUUAUUAUCACUUCAGAAGUGAUAACACUGAUAUUUAUUCUUUCUGUCUCCAAGUUCUGGCACUUGAAGACUCUGCAAAACUGGCAAAUAAGAUAAUAGUUACAGAAAUUUUAGUUCAUUUAUUUCUAAACUCCUUUCAGAUUAUUUUACCAUGAGAAGGUGGUAGGUUAUUUUGUCUUCCUGUCUGAUUUUUAUUUUGAAGUAUUUAGUGUUGUAUUCCUCUGCAGGCUUAAAAAUAGUGUCUUACUUCAAUUCAGUAGAGCUUAGGAGUUAAAGAGAAUAAAGCCUGUGUUGCUUGUGUGAUGUCACAGCCCCUCACCUGUCUGGAAUGUUCAGCACCCAGUGCAGCUCAGGGUUCUAGAGCUCUUUGCUCUGCCUGAGCUAAUGGUCACAUGAUCAGUUGAUUGCAGUGCGGUGCGGUGGAGGGCAGAACGAACGCUUUGUUUAAUAAAGAAGGGCGGGGAGACUUGAGAGUUGCAACAAGAACUGUGUUGUCCAUAUUUUGUUGGUUAACCUGCUUUUUCCCUCCCUGUAGAAAGAUGAGAGCAUGUAACCAUGAUAUGUUUCAGCUUCCUAGUGGGAUUCUAGGAAAGAGCUGGUUCUGGUUUCCCUGCCAGUUGAGACCUAAGGCUUCUGAGGUUUCUCAGCUCUUUGCCCAUGAAGCACACAGCUGGGAACCAGGUUCUUGAGGAGGGGCCAGGGUCUGGGCGGUUGGUCAAGUGAGAAGUGCAGGGGCUGUAGAGUCAGAGAUGCCGACCCCUGGCUCUGCUCCGUGGGCCUGGGCCUCAGUUUCCCCUUCUAGCAAAUGAAUGGGCUGGUACCUGAGCCGCUGGCUUCGUUGGUGCGUCUUAAUGGUGUUUUGCUGUCUCAGAGCGGUGGCUGCAGCGGGCUGGCCAGCACCAGCGUCUGUGGCAGGUGCGGGGAGUGUCAAGGAGACAACUGAGGGUGUGCGUGAGGUUGUGGACGGGACUACCCCCACCCCACUCCAGUCUCUGGGCCACUAGUGAGACAAAGAGGCCCCCGUGGUCAGAGUCCCCACUGACAUUCUCUCUGCAGUGUUCAGAAAACUCCCCUUCUCAGACUUUCCCUUGUGUUUCCCAGUCAUGACCCUUUCCCACCAGUAGUUCAGGCCCACUUGUCCCAUGGCCUUUCAGCCCUCACCAGUCUUUUGCUAGGAAUCAAGGAAGGCUUUCAGGAAGGGCGGUGGUAUGUAGUUAAAACUGUUGUGACCAAGAAAAAUGCCUACUUCAGCAGCCUUGCAGUUCUCACAAACACGCACAGCCCAAAAAAUUACCUUUAAAGACGUUAAGUUUUAUUUCCCAAAGUUAUUGGCCUUAGCCUCUCACUCUCCAGCCCACUCAAGCACUCAGAUCUUGCAGCGUCUUACGAGUGGGGGGUUCUGGAAGCCCAGGCCCUUUCUUGGGAGCUGGGGAGCAAAGAUGGACAGUCGGUUUAGUCUUUACACAUAUGAGAUUUUAGAUACGUUUUGCUGCUUGAUAAUAAUUACAGAUACCUCAUUUCUGUUUUCCACUCUCCACCUUGGGAGAGGUGCCAACUACCCAGGAGAGCUUGUGGAGCCCAGCACACAAUGGAACCUCUCCUCCCCUGGCCUCCUCUAGCCUGACCCCAUGAGUCCCUCGCCUUAGGUCAGAAACUGUCUUCUCCCACUCCAUCCCUGCAGCAGCCUCUUUACUGGUUCCUCUCCCCUGUCUCUCCUUCUCCAUUCUGCACACUGCAGCUGGGAUGAACUUUCGGUGUUGUUAGCAGCUUCAUUGAGAUAUAAUUUACAUAGCAUACGGUUCACCCAUUUAAAGUGUACAUUUCAGUGGCUUUUAGUAGAUUCACAGAGUUGUGCAUCCAUUGCCAUAAUCAAUGUUAGAAUAUUUUCAUCAUCAAAAAGAAACCCUGUACCCAUUCGCAGUACCCCAUCCCCUGUUCCCCACUGGCAACCACUAACUACUUUUUGUGUCUAUGGAUUUAUCUGUUCUGAACAUUUCAUAUAAAUGGAAAUCAUACACUUUGUGGCUUUUGUGACUGGUUUCUUUAACUAAACAUGUUUUCGAGGUUCAUCCAUGUUGUAAUAUAUGUCAGUACUUCGUUUCUUUUUAUUGCUGAGUAAUGUUCCAUCGUAUGGGUAUACCAUAUUUUGUUUAGCCAUUCAUCAGUUGAUGGACCGGUGGGUUGUUUCUACUUUUUGGCUGUUACGAAUAAGGCUGCUGUGAGAAUUCAUGUACAAGUUUUUACAUGGACAUAUGUUUUCAUUACUCUUGGGUUAUAUACCUAGGAGUGGAAUUGCUGGGUCCUCUGGUAUCUCUAUCUUUAACCUUUGAAGAGCUGCCAGACUGUUUUUCCAAGUGGCUGCACCAUUUUCCAUUCCCCCCAGCAAUGUAUGAGGGUUCCAAUUUUUCCACAUCUUUGUCAAGACUUGUUAUGUUUCGAUGUGAAUUGGUAUCUCAUUAUGGUUUUGAUUUGCAUUUCCUUGAUGACUAAUGAUGUUGGGCAUCUUUUCAUGUGCUUCAGGACGAACAUUCUUACGAAGGUUACUCCUAUUACUCCUCUGCCUAAAAGCAUCACCAUUGCCGAUGGGAUAAAUUCUGAACUCGUUUGACAGCUCACGAGGCUGGUCAAGAUCUAGCCUCUGGCAGUAUCUCUAGCCUCUUCUCCCCAUCCUCCCCGACCUUCUGCCUGCUGGUUUCCUGGAGGCAUCUUGAUCUCACCAGCCUCCCAGACUUUGCUCAGUGCUGUUCCUUUCCCCAGUGACCCCCUGGUCCUCUCCUCAUCCCACUUCAGCUUUGCCUUCUCCUCUCCCUCAUCCUCAAGGACUUAGAAACCUCUCCAGGAAGCUACCUGCAACUUCCAGAGCAAGGUUAUUGGCCCUGUUAUGUGUCCCAUGGUACUGCCACGAAGGAGUCUUGUUACAUUCCAGGUUUAGGUUAUAAAGUCAUGCCUAGGAUAAAAAUUGAGUGUAAUCAAAACUCCUUUCAGACACCUUGAGGAAGGCGCCAUGUUGAAGACCAUUCUCGCAGGGUGCAGUGCGGCUGGUUCCUGCCUGUGCAGGAAUAGGUCACAGUUUCUUUCGCUGAGCACCAGGAGAAGUGGUUAGCCUGCAAAUAGGGCCGUGUUAUGCAAGCAACACUUAUUUGUAGCUGUUAGACUCACACUCAGGCGAGCAGUUCGCUUUUGAAGAGGCUCUUGGGAACUGAGACAGGCCACGGGAGCAGCAGGGGCACAAGCUCACCUCUGGCCCUCCCGCCUGUCUGCUCAGGGAGCGGAGUGGCAGAUGGAAUGGCCCAAAUGACUUAAAACUGUUUUCCUUGACUUUUUUUUUU